AUGAGCCAGCGUGAUCUACCCUUUCUGACAGUGGCAGAACUUUCGCGGCUGAUUGAGUCCCGCGAGGUUUCCCCUGUUGAAGUGACGGAGGCUUAUCUCGAUCGCAUUGACGAGUUGGACUUCAAGUUCAACGCAUUCCUGACUGUUUCCCGACGAGAGGCCUUGAAUGCUGCCCGCGACGCCGAGCAGGCCAUCGCCCGCGGCGAGUAUCGCGGCCCGAUGCAUGGUAUACCAGUGGCGGUUAAGGACCAGUUCUGGACCAAGGGGAUCCGCACGACAGGCGCUACCCGAAUCCUUGCGGAUUUCGUGCCGGAUGAGGAUGCGACCAUCAUCUCGAACCUGAAACGGGCGGGCGCCGUCCUGUUGGGCAAGACCAACAUGACAGAGUUUGCCAUGGGAGCGGGAUUCGAGAGGUUCAGCCCGCCCAGGAACCCAUGGCACCUUGACCGCCGCACAGGCGGUUCCAGCGGCGGUUCCGGGGCUGCCACCGCCGCCUUCCUCUGCGCAACGUCCCUGGGGGAGGACACCGGCGGAUCGAUAAGGUUCCCGGCGACCUGGUGCGGUCUCGUCGGCCACCGUCCCACCUGGGGACUGGUCAGCCGUUACGGCGUGAUGACCGGGGUGUGGUCCAUGGACACCGCUGGGCCGAUAUCCCGGACCGUCGAAGACGCCGCCAUCACCCUGACCGCUAUCGCAGGCCACGACGAGCGUGACCCGUACACGUCGUCCCAGCCCGUGCCUGAUUUCCGGGCGGGAUUGAAUGGCAACCUCCAGGGCAUUCGUGUUGGGGUGAUCACGGAGCAGAUGGACGACGAAAGCGUCGCCGUUGACACCCGCGACGCGGUGCUCAAAGCUCUCGGCGUCCUGGGGGAACUGGGUGCUACUGUGGAGCGCGUCUCGAUUCCGCUGACUGCCCACGGAGCAAUACUGUCCCAGGUACCACUGGUGGUUGAACCAGCGCUGAACAUGAGGGAAUGGGUGAGGGACCGGCUGCAGGAUUAUGGUCACAACAAUCGCAUCGGGCUGCUGACCGGCAGCAUAUUCCCGGCCCAGGCCUACUACAAGGCCCAGAAGCUAAGAACGAUGUUCCGAAACCAGGUGCACGAGGCGCCUGGAACGAUACGACGUGCUGGUCACUCCCACAUCGAGCGUGGCCGCCCAGCCGAUCGUCGAGGACCCGAUAAUAACGAGUAA